UUGACCUAACAAUAUUUGUGGUUGCUCCUACAUCAUAACCCUAAACAUACCAGACGCUCACACACGAUUCUCUAUAGAGAUCUCCCUACGAAAAAAUGCCGACAGAUAAAAUAAAAGAAAUGUCAACGGUGGCAAAGGUCCUUAGCUUACGCAGGACAACCACCAAUCCAGAGCAACAAAAGCAAACCGACACACAAGAAGAUGACGAGGAAUCUCAACCCAUGAUCAGUGAUACCUCAAAGGAGGAGAUACCCCCACCCAAGGAGGACAGCCUAUCCGAGAGUGAAUCAGAGCACGAGGAGCCCCGGGUGAAUCCCCGUUCUCAGACCUAUAUCACUUACAUGAACACAGUGAAGAUGCUCCUGGCUGUGCUCGUGGUCUGCGCCCUUUUCGGCACGAUUCCUUUAUACCGUCGCGGCCAGAAAGUACCGCAGGAGUCCCGCGUGAAAGUGAUCAUGUUGUGGAACGAGGACCCGAGCAGGAUGCCCAAAGGAUCGGCGCACAUGGAGUGUGGCUGCGUGGUCACCAGUCGCAGGAAGAACUACGAAAAGGCCGUCGAUGCCUUCGUCUUUCAAGCAGAUAGACCCUAUUCCUUGAAAUACUUGCCCCACAUCAACCGCUCCAGUGACUUCCUUACGGUAUUCGCUGCCAGGAAUCCCUUGCGCCUGGCCAAGGCUCCACCUCUACCACACGCCGGCGAAGGGCCGCUCUUCAACCUGACCAUGACCUAUCGCCUGGACUCGCAGAUGGUCUGGUCGGAGUACCACUUCACGCUCCUCAACCAGGCCAAGAGGGUCAGAUCGUUCCGUGCCCCCAGUGAGCACUUUGACGACGAUAUGCCGGGCUAUGAGUUGCAGCAGCUGGAGAACCAGACAAAGACAAAGGAUCGCCUGGUCCUGUACAUACUCUACGAGGUGAAUGAUGCGAGCCUGCCUAUGAGCCUGUAUUUGCAGGAGAUGCGCAAUUAUGUCACCCUCAAUGCCUACAAGAGCUGUCUGGGUUACGACCACUGCAAUCAUUACCAUUUCUUGCUGAUCUUUGAUGCCACCGCCUGUCCAGACUACGUGCCAAACCAGAUAUACGAGGCCAUGUACAAGUUUGUUGUUCCUGUACUGAUUGGAGGCGGGAACCUGACCAACCUAGUGCCGCCGCACUCAUACAUCAGCAGCCGCGACUUUCCGAAGGCCAAGGAUCUGGCGGAACAUCUGAAGUACCUGGUAAAAACUCCAGAGGAGUACAAGCGCUACUUCUGGUGGCACUCGCUCUACAAGCUGCGCCGAAACUCCGUGCCCUAUUGCCAGCUUUGCUCUUUCCUCAAUCAGCCAAAGGAGGAGCGCCGCAUUGAGACCACCGCGUUGAUGAACUUUGCCGACUGGUGGACCAAAUAUCAGUGCCCUCAGCGAGUCACCACCUUCUUGUGAUGCGCCUUGAACGAUACCCAUUCUUAGGUUUCCAGAGUCCCCCAAUUAUAAUUACCAAUGUU